AUGGGAGGCAUUCGGAGAGUUGGCACUACCGUCGUGAUGAUGUCACAAGUACCGGAAGACCGGCAGGGCAGGGCCAAGAGCCCCUCCUUGGCCCGGUUGGAGUCUAUUGCGAAGAAGCACCCUGAGAACCCUCUGAAGUCCUUGCAAAGAAGUGGCAAAGGCGUGGUACCAAAGUCUGCUGGAAAUGACCGUAGUCUGACGAACUUAUUCACUCACGCCCAACGGAGAGUAGCGGCAGCCAUUGCACAUAGAGGCCGGGCUACCCAACAGAAGUCCAGCAGUGGGAGGAGCAUGUCCUCCCGUCCCCUCACUGCUAGCAUGCCUAAUGUCAAUACAGCAUCCCCUAGUCUUCCCCGGGCAGUUGACCUAGCUAUGACUGGCCCGGCCUCCUCCCGAGCGGUGGUGGAAGAGUCGCGAGCAGCUGAACUAUGCCAGCUGCCGCCUCUCCCCACUGCCCUGCCCAAGGUCCUACCGUCAAGCGUGAGUCGUGGUGAGGGUAGAGUACCUGCCUUGGACCUGGCCAAGGCUGGGCCUAUCUCCACGCUGCCUCUGGCUAACAGUGCGUGUCACUCGAAUAGGGUUCUCCCUACUGGAGGGACGCUGACCAGGUCCUCGAGACGACUGCACCUUCGGAAGUCUUGCCGAGCAUCUGCUGGCCAACCGACGUGCUCCUCUACUGCGACGCGAGAUCGGUCCACUAGGGCGAACACCCCCUCUUCCCAGCGGGCCUCGUUGAGCAUUCACGGAAUCAUCGGUGAAGAAGGCCUGCCAUCGGCACUAUUGCCCAGCACUACGAGCAGGGACCCAAGGAGAGAGUUAAAGGAGGAGGCGCAACUCGUCGGGGAGCUGGCCUUCCUCGGGGACCUCAGCUGCCUCGCUAAGCUCCAUCACCAGAGGGAAUUGUUCGCUCAAGUCGACAGAGAGCUGUACCGGAUGGAUGAGCCCUCCUUUACCCCACAAGGGGAGUCCUUGGCCUCUCCAAGGCAGCGUCGACUUGGCCCCUGUGAGGUCCGCCGGCCCAGCGAGUGGGGGGAGGUAGAGGUCAAGGAGCUCCUCAAGGCCUUCCACGUUGAGGUGAGGAGGCAGAAUGAGGUCCAAGCAGUGGCGGAGCUACGGGCGGGGUCGAUGGACAGCCUGAGCCCUAUGCAGUCGAUGAGGACCCCUCGCCCUGCCGACCUCUACCGCUGGAGGCGGCUUGUAAUAGCCCUAUCGUGGAUCGCCUCUGCCCUACUAGAGUGCUCUGAUGAUGCUAUCAUGGCUGAGGGCAUCCUAACGACCCUACUGGACCUCCCAGUCGUUGCUUCCCAGCCGGUCACUGGGACUACCCCGACAGAGUCGGCCACUCCCUUCUAUGCCCUCCUGACCCCGGUCAUAGCGGCUGCCUUCUUCCCCGAGACUGUGGAGGAUUCCGGUAUGUGGGUCCAUCCGGAGAUAGAGGACAGGAGGCUAGCCCUGGACCGGCUGAGGCUGCUAAAGGUCGUCUCGGCACUACUCAACAUCAUCCGGAGGGCCCUAGGGUCGGCUACCCAGGAUACCCCACCAGCGACGGUGUACGUACCAAUGGCUGGGCGUCUGUCCUCAGCUUGGGUAGCCAUCACCGAGCAUGUUGCCCCAGUGGUCAUGGGGUCCUGGGCUGCCUCCCUCUUCGCCCAUGGGACCGGCAUCAUCCCUAGGUUCCUGGUCUCCCGUAGCUCCUCAUGUCAGCUGGAGGGCUCGGCCGUGGAGGUGCUGCUAGAGCUAAGGCUGGCAGAAGCCGAGGCCGCCCUCUUCUCGAUACCAGCGGACCUCAAUGGCUUCCUCUUGGACCCUCACGUUGGGUGCCACCAACAGGGCGAGGGGAGCUCGGCAGCAGUGGGAGCUGUUGAGGACUCCCUGGCUGUGGCCCAUCUAGGGGUGCUGGCGUCCGUGGCUCGGGGCCGUAGUACAGCUGCGAGGCCCUUCCACACAAGGGUGUGCGGCCCUCCUAGGCUCCAUGCCCGCAGAGGAAUGUCGGCUGAACCCCUGCCUCCCCCAGUGUCCUACCCCGAGUGCCAAGAUGCGGCCCAUGAGGGGAGUUUGCCGCCUUCUGUCCAAGGGCCCGGUGGCCUCGGCAUCGACCCGACCCCUCCUGAAUACGCACUAGGCGGCCCUGAUACCCCUGUGGAGCCGCCUGGGGAGGUGAUCAUCUGGCGGGUCCGCAUUGGUAGUACUGAGGAUCAGAUACCGGUCUCCAGCAUGGUUGAUGGCCCCUAUGAGGAUGGACCAUCCAGUAGGCUGUCACCAGAGCUGUUCUACGACUGUGGUCGGAGGUGUAGGAGGCUCUACCGCUCGGAGGAACUACAGGAGGGCAUACUACGGCUACUGCUGCUGCUACUGUUGUCGGCGACGAGGGGCACUCUGGACUGCCGCUACUGUGACCAGUUCCCAGCGUUGAAUCGCAAGGUCAAUGUCCUGUUCAUCCUGGGGGUCCACCUUAGUCAUCCAGCUAACUUUGGGGCCUUGGGCCGACUGCAACACCACGAAGGUAUGCACUCACUACGGCACAGCCCUUGUCCCCACGGUGGGAUCUUCCGCCUUCUGAAACUGUUGGCUCCUGGAAAUUUCCCUCAAUGGAUCUACGCUGAUAUGAAAGUCGUCGGUGGUGGGGCCUUCGGGACGGUCUUCCGCUGCGAGACGGUCCUCCAGCGUGAGGCCGCCGCUGCUGCCGCCGAUUAUGAUGAUGAUGACGACACUGAAGUGGUCGCAGUGAAAUUGGUUAACCGCAACCCGAACAUUAGAGAUAGGUGUGUGCUCUACGAUGUCUACAAUGAAGUGACGUGCCUGGAGGAGGGGCGUUUUGAUGAUUACAUGACGGAGAUCUACGACUACGGUUUCGAUGGUUCCUCUUACUGGAUCGUCAUGCGAUUCUACAGCAUGACGUUGACGAAGUGGCGGGCACGCUUGGGCCAGCCCUUGGAGGACCAUCUUUUGGACCUCUUGGAAACCUAUCGUAAAAUCCUCACUGCAGUCGGCAAGCUCCAUCGAGACGGCUUGGUCCACUACGACCUCAAAUGUGACAACAUUAUGGUCCUGGACCACGGCUCCGCUCGUGCCAGCGACAUUUCUGUAGUGCUGGCUGACUUCGGGGAGAGUCGGGUACUCGAGGGACCACAAAACGCCGAUCUAUGUGUCCGCAACCGUGGAACGGAGUUUGUAAAGCCGCCCGAGAUGCUCACCAUCGAGCGGGCCCUUCGUCGAGACGACGCGGCCUUCGAUCGGCGUAAAAGUGUUGGUACCACUACGGCCAGCGACGUUUGGAGUGUUGGCUGCAUGCUCUACGAACUCAUCACUGGUAGUUAG